AACGACUUUUCGCCGAACUUAACGAAGCUGUUGUUGUGCGAGUUCCACACCGUUUGUAGUUCCGCGUACUCCUUGUGUUUGAACCCCUUUUUGGUCGUGUAAUAAUAGUUUGUUAGCCUCAAAAAGUGCCCAUUUCUCAUGAAAACAUUUGUUUCCAUACUGCGGCAUUACAAGUGUUUGAAAAAUGAAGACGAUGCGCCAGAAAACCCCGCUCAAGGUAGCAGCGCCAAAGUCGGCCAUCAAAAGCCGUGGAAAUUCUGGCAACAACUUGGUAAAAGAUCCUGUUCAAGUAUACUGCCGCAUACGACCGCCACCGUGCGAAUCCGAUCUUAUCUGUUUACGCGUCACCGAUGCGCAUACGGUCGUGUUGACGCCGCCGGAAAUAGCUAUCAAUUACAAGGUAGCUAACCUCAAGGAAACACAGUACAUUUUUAAGCGAGUUUUCGACGACACGGUCCGGCAGCAUGAAGUUUACACAUCGGUCGCGCAACCGUUGGUAGAGGGACUGAUCCGUGGCCGAAAUGGGCUACUGUUCACGUAUGGCGUUACCGGGAGUGGGAAAACGUACACCAUGACGGGUGAUCUGCAGCAUCGCGGCAUAAUGCCCCGUUGCUUGGAUGCGCUGUUCCGUACGAUCGCCGAUUUUCAGGCCAAAAAGUACACGUUUAAAUCCGAUCGGCUAAACGGAUUCGAUAUUCUUACCGAGGCGGAAGUUUUGCUCGAGCGCCAAACGGAGCUGAACGCGAAACUGACCAAAACAACCAGGAAAAGGGAUCUGGAUCAAGAGGUGGCAUCGCAGGCUUCGGUGGAGCCGUCAGAAAUAAGUGGCAUUGAGGAGGACAACAUCUACGCCGUGUUCAUCAACUAUGUGGAAGUGUACAAUAACAGCGUUUACGAUUUAUUGGAAGAAUCCACCAUUCAGAAGACAAUGCAAAGCAAAAUGAUCCGAGAAGACGCCAAUCACAACAUGUUUGUCCACGGUGUGACUGAGGUAGAGGUGAAGUCGGUUGAAGAUGCGCUGGAACUGUUCCAGAUUGGGCAAAAGCGGAAACGCAUGGGGCACACGAUUCUGAACGCAGAAUCUAGCCGAUCGCAUUCCGUGUUCACGAUUCGGCUCGUUCAAGCGCCGGUCGAUGUGCAGGGAGAGAAUGUGGUGCAGGACCGUAACGCCAUCACCGUCAGCCAGCUAUCGUUGGUAGAUUUGGCAGGCAGCGAGCGUACGAAUCGGACGGGCAACACGGGGCAACGGUUGCGCGAGGCGGGCAACAUCAACAACAGUCUGAUGACGCUGCGAACUUGCUUGGAAAUAUUGCGCGAAAAUCAGCAAACGUGCGGUGGGAAGAAGGUGCCGUACCGUGAUUCCAAGAUUACGCAUCUGUUCAAGAACUAUUUCGACGGCGAAGGACAGGUGCGGAUGAUUGUGUGCGUAAAUCCGCGGGCGGAAGACUACGACGAAACGGCGCAGGUGAUGAAGUUUGCCGAGAUGACCCAGGACGUACAGAUCGCGCGCCCCACACCGAUCAAGAUCGAUACGGGUCUUACACCGGGUCGUCGUCGUGCGAAUCAGUUGUUUAAGCUGGCGUACGAUGAACUGGCCGAGCGGCACCAACUCCACCAUCCCCAGCAGCAGCAGCAGCAGCAGCCGCAACAUGCCGAUCGAAUGGAGAUCGAUCUCGGGCUGGUGUACAGCUUGGAACCGUUCGUGGCAGAGAUGAAGCUCGGAUCGCCGGAAAGCAACGAGCUGAUUCGCAAGCUGUCCGAAAUAUUGGAGCAGCGAAUUAAGAAGCGGAAACUGUUGGACGAAGAUUUCAACGUACGCCAAAAUCGGUUUCGCAUGAAUCUACACAAAAUGGAAAGCGAAAACUUGGCCCUUCGCACAGAGAGUGUUUCGCUCAAGGGAGUGCUUGCCCAGAGCAAGCAGAAAAUUAUGGCCCUCGAGAACAAGAUCGUGAUUUACGAGAGUUCGAUCGACGAUCUGAAUCGACGUAACCGUGUGCUGGAGGAACGCGUACGGGAGCUACAAACUCAGCUGAAUCAGAAAACGCAGCUCGUCAGCCAAAAGGAACUGGAAAAGGAACGGCAAAGGAAAAAGUUUACGUCCAAAUUUGCGGUCGAGUCGGAAAAGAUGAGCCGCGAGCUGGAGGUAAAGCUGAUGGAGCAAAAGAAUAAAUUGCAGGACGAAAUGCGCGACAAGGAAGAGCGACUGCGGAUGGUGUCGGAAAUUAUCCAGGGGACACCGGUCAAACGAACCCGUUCGAACAGUUUCGAUAAAGACUUUCAGCGGUUGGAAUCGACGCCGAAUGUGAAGUCGCUUGUUUCGGCCUAUGCUGCGCCUCGAUCUUCCAGGCCCGGCACAGCGGUCUCAAACACUAGGCACCGUAGAUCCCGCUCGACUGGCGAUCGUUGGUUGGAGCACCGUGCGGCCAAUACCGUACCGCUGGGAACGAUCCUGCAGCCCUACUACACCAACUCGAAAUCCGUUACCAAACUGACUGACAAGGACGUGCUGGCCGAAAAGACAAACAAAUAUUGUCUGAUACGGCAAGACGCGGACACGGAAGGUGAGCUGGAAACGAAGCUGUACAAAGGGGACAUUAUCCCGACCAGUGGUGGAGGGGCGCAGGUGGUCUUUAACGAUGUCGAGUGCCUGAAGCAGUAUUCGCCCACCAAGACGCCGCCAAAUCGCAAACGAUCCGGCAAUGUUAUCACUCCGAGUGCUCCGCCUUUGAGCGAAAUACAGAACAUUAAUUCCAAGUGUAGCACGGCCAUCGAGGGCCAUGCAGUCCCAGAAGGACAAAGCAAGCGGUCACGGCACUGAUGCACACUCGUCUAUCGAAAGCAACAGUUUGCCUUGUUUUAGUUGUAUUCAUACUAACUUAAUGCAUUGUUUUACAUUAUUAAUAUUUUUUUACGAAUAAACCCUUCUUACUCUGCCGCCAUCUUA